ACCCGAAGAGGCCACACGAGUCACGAUGCCGACGUGAGCCGCUCGACUCUUGGAGGCAACUCUCACGGCAGAGAGAGAGACAACCACGCAAACAAUAGAGCAACCAUGAACGCUCCGAACCUCGUGUCGCAACCCAGGAUAUGCGGCCUCCUGCCCUUCCCCCCCGUGCCGUUGGACGACGCUCACUCCAGGAGCUACGGCAUCGGCUCCUCGCCCGCCGAAGCUCCGAGCUCGGCUGGAGUCCAACCUGAACCCUGCGAAACUUUCAGGUGCUGCAGCUGCUACGACAACUGGCCUCCUGAGUCUCCGCAUCAGACGCAGCCACCGGUGUCUCCUCCGCAACCGCCACUGCCGCCGCCGCCGUCGCUGGCGGUGGUCGAUUCUCAAGACCAGCAGAUUAAAUCGAUGUCUGUGAUGGACGCUCACAACGUACAACAGCACCAGCGCCAGCAUCAGCACCAGCAGCUGCUCCAGCAGUGGCAGCACCGGCAGUAUCAGCGGCAGUAUCGGGACCAGCAGAAGCGCCGGCAGGUCAAGCCCGAGCAACUCCUCUCGCUGCUGGAGCGCGUGUGCACCAUCCGCAAACCCCACACGAAGCACCGCAGCCGCCCGCCAGGCCAGACCGGCACGACCAACGCCGCCCACGAGUGGAGCUACCGCGAAACGCCCGAUUGGCGAGCGGCGGUGCCGGUGCCGGCGGCAGCGGCGAGGCGGCUGCCGGAUCUGCUUUCUCAGACGACGACGGCGACGACGGCGACGACGGCGAUGACGCCGGGGUCGCGGCCGCCGCCCGCCGCCACCGAGACGACGACCGCGACGGUCGACCGCAAGCAGACGAGCGUCGGCCGCUACAUGGCGGCCAUGAACCUGGGGGGGGGGCGCCGCUACGACGACGACCACGAUGAAGACGGCGACGAUCGCGACGCCGCGCGGGAAGGCCCGGCCACGGACGCCAACGGCGGGCCCUCGUCAUUCUGGCGGCGCGCCAUCGGGCGCUGCGUUUGCCCGCGGGGGGAGGAGGAGCAGGAGGGGGCCGAUUCGCCCAAGGCGGUGGACAUUCGCUUCACGGAGUGCGGAGAAAUGUUCGUCGAUUUGCGGUGACCGGCCUCCGCGUCUUGGCGUGGCUUCGUCCCCCGGUCACGGGAGAGAGAGGGGGGGGGGUCCGUGACCGGUGACGGCCGAGCCGACGAGGACUCGGAUUCAAGCGACGAGGACUCGCCCGUGGGUCUCCUUUCGAAGGAGGAUUCAACAAUGGCCGCGUCCGCUGAGGGUCCCGGAUCAAACUCUCGCCGGGGCUCUGUCGCGCUCCCCUCCCCUGCGGACGGACUCGCCGGCGGCCGUGCCGGACACCCUGAGCCUGCAUCACUGAGUGCCUCACUUUCCUGCAAGGCAGGUUCACGGUGGACACGGCUGAACUCCUGCGUUAGAAUCCGGGACUCUGCCGCCCCGCCGCCCCCAGUCGAGUGUGAUUUCAACUGCGGGGUUGUGGGGCCUCGCGAGUGUGAUGUCGUUUUGCGGAAAGAGAGAAAAAAAAAACUAAACAUAGCGCCGCGUGGGCGGACGGUAAUAUUUGCACUAAAAUAUAUCAGCCUGGCCCAGCUCUAAGGCCCGAACACUCUGCGAAGGGGGGAGGGGGGGGGAUAUUUAAGCUGCCUCGGCACGCGGCACGAAUGUGAGUCCUGUUGGCAGUGGCCUUGUCGAAGCGGAGACUCGACGGGAAGGGCGAAGAGGAGGCCGCUGGCGGUGUGGUGGUGGUGGUGGUGGCGGUGGUGGUGGUGGUGGUUGUAGUCGUGGUGGUGGUGGUGCUCGCCCUAGGCCCCCCCCCGCCCCCCCCAUCCC